GCAGUGCAGUGCCAACCUGGACAACUUUAGGAAGCUUUUAAAGUUGUCUAAGUUUCGAGUUUAGCUCUUAAGGACCAGCCUCAAAUGUGUCAAAAAUAACGAUUCAAACAAAAGGGGCGACGUGCAAGUUCUAUAUUUUGAAGAAGCUUGAAAACAGCCUACAGUACUCCGCUAAAUUCAAAAAAAUAAUGAAGUCACGUGGCAAAGUCUUGUCUGUAACAUGAAUACGAAAAGAACCGACACGCAACAUAAAGUGAAAUACACCUCUCACCUGUUCUUCUUCCCCAAACUGUGAACCUGAGUGCAGCAAGUCUUUUCGGUGAAUGAGACCGUCCGAGUCCCCGUCACACACGUCAAACACUUCUUUGAGUUUCCUCACGUAAGUCAGCAGGUGUUCCGACACAGGUAGAAAGUCCUCCUCCAUCUCGUUUCAGCGUUGUUAUUCCACUUUGGAAAUUUUUUUCCAUGGCGUGAACCUCAAAAGCACCAUGUUGUUUGGAGACUGUUCGGAACCUGAUGGAUGCUCAUAGACUGGAUGCUGUAGCUGUGCGUGAGGGGCGGAGUGAUACUGGUGAGUCGAAGUCCCAAGCUAUGGUCCCAAGCAGGAAGCAAAGAAGAAAACAAAGAAGACACAGAAGAAGAAGGGUUGUUAGUGGCGGAAAAUCACUUUGGAUCUACACUUCACUACUUUUGUUUCUACAGCUUUGGGGAAGUCUAUCAGCCCCUCCAUCCACUCCUACUCUUCCUGCUCCUGAGCUUGACAUCUACCGGAGGUCAGAGGACUCAGUGGUCUUGGUCUGCCGAGCCCCAGAGGGCCACUCUGGGGUUAUGUUCAUGUUGUAUAGAUACAGAGAAAAGGUGGACUCUCUAGCAGUGCAGUCAGGUGCAGAGGAGGUUCAAUUCACUGUGAGGAUAGAAGAAGGGGAUUCAGGCCAACAGGAACUCUUUUGCUGCCUGUACAAGGAUCAGUCCAGUCGAUACAGUGCCUUCAGUCCUUAUUUGCAGCUGGAGCACCAAAUAGAUGCUGACCCCACUCGCCCCGUGCCCUCAUUCCCUCCUCCUGUUCUGUCUGUGACACCCUCUUCUAGUGUGGUUAAAUGUGGAGACAUGCUAACCUUCAGCUGUUCAGUCCCUACUCCCCUUCAGUCCCUGUCUAGCGAUAACAACAAACCAGUGACCUUCUUUUUGCUGAGGACCAUGGAGAAAACAGGGGCUACAUCUUUUAUCCUCCAGCCUAAAGCCAGUCGGGUAGCAAACCACGAACCUCAACCGGGGCUCUUCUCUGUGGGGCCAGUUAGGGUAGAAGAGGGGGGCGAGUAUACCUGUCUUUACCAGGUCAACAAGAAAAAUGGAGUGGUUAAUUCAACUGUUAGCAACAUGGUUCAUAUCACCGUAACAGAUGCGUUGCCGGUGCCGACCCUUGUUUUCCAGCAGCAGACAGAUGUGUGGCAUCUGCUCUGCAGAGGUUCUCCUGCAUACCCUGGUGCUGUGUUCUCCCUCUACCUGGCUGAUCAUGAACUCCCUGUAGCCACUCAACAUGCCACCUUGAUUCACCAUCAGGUCACCUUUCCAUUGCCUGUCCAGGACACUCAACUGGCUUUGUACCAGUGUGAGUACAGUGUCCUCCUGGGAGGGACAUGGAGCAAGUCUGAGCGAAGUCCCCCACUGGCAGUAACAAAAGGAAUACCCCCUCUAUCAUCACCAGAUGCACCCAGUGUGGACUGGCCUCUUGUGCUGGGCUCUUUCUCCGCUGUGGUUUUGUUCAUCUGUUCGCUGACAUUCGUGGUUGUGGUUGCACACCGGAAAGUAAAAGCAGCUGCAGAAGAAAAGAAAAAAAGACAGGACGCACAGUUCUGGACUCAAGUUCAUGCUAAGGAUCAUAUUAUUGACCUGACGCUCAGGCGUACAAGCUUCACCCCUCAGGAACGGGCCACUACUGACGCAACUACAGGGACAGACUCCAGAUCCCCUUUGUGGACCUCACUCUCUACAUUUACAACCCCAAUUCAUCAGAUCCAUUAGAAAUGUUUGGUCACCCCACUCCCCCCUCUCUGCCUCUCUGUUUGUGUUUAUACUUUAUGUCCGGUUUAUCAGUGUAGCAUCAGUUGAAGUUGCACAGCAUGACAGGAAAGGCUAUUUCCUCAGUUCCUAUUUCAUGUGUAGCUGCAAAAUUGUGCAGUUUGACAGGACACGAUGUUUGUUUGAUCUUAUGCCUCUGAGCCAGCGAAUCUAAAUACAGAUGUAAUUCUAAAAAUAUAUUAUUAUUAUUAUUAUUAUUAUUAUUAUUAUUAUUAUUAUUAUUAUUAUUAUUAUUAUUAUUAUUUUCAAAUAACUUGUUUUACUUCAGAAAAUGCAGAUGACAAGCCAUUCUUACCACAAAGUCUCUUUGCAUAAGGUUAUAUAAUUUGAUCUUUAUAGUGCAUUUAAUAUGAUGGCAUGACAUUUUUGGAUACUGAAGUGUUUUGUUUGGUCAAAUAAUCAAUUUGUUUGACUGC